UCCCGAAAACGUUCUUAUAACUAAAGUCGACACAAAUGUAAACGAGUCAAAAGUGCAUGCCAGAAACAAACAUCAUAUGCGUCGAGAUGAUGCUGUUGACGCCAUCAACGUUUGCAUUCAUUGGUUUGCUUUUGGAUGCAUCGGUUUGUUGUUGAGAUACCCCCUCAUAGCAAAUAUCAUCUUGCAUUCCCAAUUCAUUUGUUUCAAAAGGAAAUGAAAAUCACGAACAACCAACAUAACCAACGUCUACACAUAUUCAAAAUCACACCCACACUCUCUGCGGUCAACAAUAUGCUCCAGUCCACACUCUCCCGCACUUGCCGGCACCCAUUCUCCACCGCGGCCGCGGCCGCCAUCGCGGCGAACAGCGUCCCCGCCGCCUCCGUACCCUCUUCCUUCACAAUCCAGCCCCCAAUCAAGCCCUGGCCCCGCCGCCUAACCCCCUCCAACCUGGCCUCCAUAAUCCGCCGGCAGCACGACCCAAACCUCUCUCUGGAAAUCUUCCACUUCGCCGAAACCCACCACCCCUCCCUCUCCCACGCGCCCCAACCCCUACUCGCCCUCUCCCUCAAACUCUCACGCGCCCGCCUUUUUCCCUCCCUCCUCACGCGCCCCCCCCGCCCCCUCCCCGAGCCCCCUCUCGUCGCCGCCAUCCGCGCCCUCGGCCUCGCCGCCAAGCCCCUCUCCGCCCUCCGGCUCUUCCUCCGCUUCCAGCCCCUCUCCGUCAGGUCCCUCAACGCCCUCCUCAACGCCCUCGUCCAGAACAACCGCCACCGCUUGGCCCUCUCCCUCUUCAACGCCUCCCUCAAAAAAUUCCGCAUUCUCCCCAACGUCGUCUCCUGCAACAUCCUCCUCAAAGCGCUCUGCAAAACCCCCCACCUCCACGCCGCGGUUAGGGUUUUCGACCAGAUGAGCCUCAUGGGCUUGGUCCCCAAUGUGGUCUCCUACACCACCGUUUUGGGUGGCUACGCGCGGAGUGGUGACAUGGAUUCCGCUGUUAGGGUUUUCCGUCAGAUUUUAGAUAGAGGCUGGACUCCUGAUGCCAGUGCUUACACUGUUUUCAUGAGUGGCUUUUGUAGAACGGGGAAAUUGUUGGAUGCAAUUAGGGUCAUGGAUGAGAUGGAGGAGAAUGGGGUUUACCCUACUGAGGUUACUUAUUGUGUUAUCAUUGAGGCUUUUUGUAAGGCCAGGAAGGCCGGGGAGGCCGUCAAUUUGCUCCAGGAUAUGCUUGCCAAGGGCUUUGUGCCGCCUGCGCCGUUGCUUUGCAAGGUUGUUGAUUUGUUGUGUGAGGAGGGGAGUGUGGAGAGGGCUUGUGAGGUGUGGAGGGGGGUUGUGAGGGCCGGGUUUCGGGUGGGUGGCGAGGUUGUGAGUACAAUUGUGCAUUGGCUUUGCAAGAAGGGGGAGGUGGCGGAGGCCAGGAGGGUGUUUGAUGAACUUGAGAGAGGGGAGGUUGCCAGUUUGUUGACUUAUAACACGUUGAUUGCGGGGUUGUGUGAGAGAGGGGAGCUUUGCGAGGCGGGGAGGCUGUGGGAUGAUAUGGUGGAGAAGGGUCGUGUUCCUAAUGCUUUUACUUAUAAUGUGUUGAUUAAGGGGUUUUGUGGGGUUGGGGAUGUGAAGGAGGGGGUCAGAGUUUUGGAGGAGAUGGUGGAGAGUGGAUGCUUGCCUAACAAAUCGACUUUUUUGAUAUUGGUUGAUGGGAUUUCUCGGUCAGGAGGAAUGAAUGAAGAAAUCGAAAAGGUGGUUUCCAUGGCCACCAAGACGGUUGGAGUUGAUGGUGACUUGUGGGGUCUUUUAUUGAGACAUGUUGUGGGUAAUUUAGAUGGCAAUGCAGCUCAGCUCGAUAGGAUAUUAACAGAGAAUGUAGUGUAAUAAUGGAAACUCUUUGGGAUUUGCUGCUGAGUCUGAUCUUUGGAAGGUGAUGACAAAAGGGGAUUGAUUCGAAUGAAUGCUGGGCAUUGUUUAUCCAAUGAAGAGAACAUUAUAAUCGCACAUCAAGACCAAGUAUGUUUGUUACAAAAUUUAACUGUCAUCCCCUUCAACUUAUGGAAGUUUGAUUAUGAAAAUAUGGUGACAUGAGUUAUAUUUUUUGUCCGCCUAAGACUGGGAAUGGAUUCCGAAACAAAUGGAAUGAAUGAAUAUUUAUUCAAGUUUUUGACGGGAGUCUCAUUCCAUUACCGACUGCUGUUGAGUGAGUUUGAGCUGUGUUUGAACUAAUGAAAAUCAUUGGAGGGUUCAACUGUUCAAGACCUGUUUGUAUUUUUCAAAACUGUAUCUGUAAGUAAAAAAGAGUUGUAUCUUAGUUUGUUUCCUAUUAAGUUGCAGCUAUGAAAGGCAUGUCACUGACUAUGAGCCAGCUUUGCUUGAUGCUAUUCUGCCUGUAAAUCUGGUCGAGAAAGAUGACCAUAAGAAGUGAAUAAAAGAGUUUGUGGAUUUGCAGUUGGUACUUGGUAGUGUUGCGUUAGCAUUAGGAUUUAGGAUUGAUGUAAAUGUAGUAACAGAAAAGUGACAUCAAAAGGAAAAUGUUUUUAGUAAUCUCAUGCUGCCCUGCCCUAUGGUUUAGCCUAUCUCUUUGUUAACUAAUUCUGUUGUGGAGAUUGUAUUUCUCUAUUUUGAGAGUAUCUGUAAAAGGGGAAAAUCCUAAAAAGCUGAGAAUAAUUUUAAAGAAGAGCUUUGGAGCUACCAAGAUCAAGUUCUGCGCCAUACUCAAAAGAGUUUAACAUCAAAUUAUCAUAAUGAUCUUCAACAAUCCCAAGGACGAUGGAGGAUUUCUCUGAACCUCGGUAAUCAAAAUUAAAAACGCAGUGUAUUCUCUUAUUCUGUUAAUUUUCUUCAUUGCAAAUACUUGUGUUCUUCUAAAAUCCCUCUAAUGUUUAUUUCAUA